UGUGUCUCGGUCCACACACACACUGUGGAAGGUGGUGUCUAAAAACUUACAAAUAUCAACUCGUUAAAAAUAAAACAAUCAAACCCUUUAGUUUUACCAUAGACUUGCUUCGUCUAUAAAACAGGGGGUUUAUACAGUGCCAUUUGAACUGCAGAAAAGAAAAAAAUAAGAACAAGACAGAGUUAUACGAAGUUGAGAGAACAUGGUUAAGAAAAACCCGUCGCUGGUGUUCUUAGCUUCCAGCAUGAAAAUCAUAUGUGGAUUGUGUGUAUUCCUGAUAGGAUGUGAUUCGAUACCUCUUAUAAAGUUCAAAGCACAUCGAGAGCUAUACCUCCAGGGAGAAAAUGUGUCACUAUCUUGCACAACCGUUUACGAAAAUGCAAGUUUUAUUUGGACUUUCCCGGCACCUAUGAGCAAGAUAGAAACAAGAUCUUAUCCUGAAGAGUAUAGGAGUACCCUGACUCUCAAUAAUGCAGCAGUUAAUGACUCCGGUGUGUAUGUAUGCACGGCCUAUUUCGAUGAUAACACGAGUGGCAACAUUAGCGAGAACAUAGAAGUAAAAGAAAAUAUCACUCCAUAUAUUAAAUUUUACGGAACUCGAAAUAUGACUUUAAAUGAAGGAGAGAAAUGGACGUGGCACACUGACGUACGCCAUUACCCUGAUUUGUUCAAUUACACCGUAGUUAACUGGGAAGGAAAGAAGAUCGACGACAUGUUCACAUACACAAAGGAUUUGUCUUACAUCGAAGUGAUGGAUGUUCAAGUAGAAGCAAAACAUUAUGGGAAUUAUACUAUAAUGGGUUAUUUACCAGAAGCUUCCUAUGAACAAAACAUUACGCUUCAAGUCCGUGUCAUAAGUCAACCCAAAGUGUCAAAUGUUCUCCAGUCUGUGAAAAUUGAGAGAGGUAGGCCAGAGACUGUAGAAUUCUACGUUACUGGCUAUCCUGUCAGGAACUGCACCCCAAGCUAUAGCGAAUGCCCUGAUAGAGGAGAAUGCACUGAAGCAGUGAACAUCACUAAGUUCAACAGCAGAACCAUUCCUCCUGGAAAUAAAGUUCUAGUGAGUGUGGAAAUCGAUCCUAAGAAUUCUGGAAAACUCACGUGUACGGCGAACCACUCAAGUGCUUUCGUUAAAGUUUACAUCAAAGCCUCUACAGCUACGGUGUGGGCGGCACUAGGCAUCAUCAUUGUAAUUCUGGCAGUCAUGGCGGUUUGCCUGGUUCUGCAAGUACGCCGAGUUCGCAGGAAGAAAAAGGAGUUGAGACAAGUUAAGAAGAACAUGUUGCUGCACUUCGGAGAGGGUCGAGUUGAUGAGCUGAACCUCAAUUGCACUGUGGGAGAGCAGGUCGAGUUGCUUCCUUACGACCCGGCGUGGGAGGUGGACAGGAGUGACAUCAAGCUUGGAAAACAUCUUGGCUCGGGGUCAUUCGGGCGCGUCGUCUUGGCGUCCGUCCGAGGCCUCGACGAAGCGAGCGACGGCGAGACUGAGGCGGCGGUGAAGAUGGUGAAGUCACACGUCGACGUCACUCACCUGGAGAGCCUCAUGGUUGAGCUAAAAAUCCUGAGUCACUUGGGGAAGCACGUCAACAUUGUCAAUAUGCUCGGCGCCAACACCGUCCACUUAGACAGAGGAGAGCUGUGGAUCCUGACGGAGUACUGUCGCCAUGGAAACCUCCUCGACUUCAUCCACAAGCACAAAGCUAAAUUCAUCCAUCAGGUCGACCCCCAGGGAAAUGAGAUUGACCCCCGCAUCUUGGUGAACAACCCCGCUUCUAGUCCCUUAUCCAGGAACGUGAGCAUCAGAACCGGGAGCGUGAUGUCCGCCACGUCCCUCGCCACCGACAUCUCGAUCGGCGUGCGGGCCGCGCUCCGAGAGCAACACAACCCCUCCGCCAACAGGGCCCUUCACUUCCACAACCUUACGUACAAGAGCGUGCCUACUGCUGACGACGUCGCUGACGAAGGCGCUGACGAAGGCGCUGACGAAGGCGCUGACGAAUCGAGGAGUUCUCAAGGUGAGGAUUACUUGAGGAUGAGCUCCUCAGUGACGUGUACGAGUGAGUAUCAUGAGGGCAUCCCGGGCAUCGGCGUCCCUUUUAAUACGAGUACCCUUGUGUGUUGGGCGUGGCAGAUUGCCCAAGGAAUGGAGUAUCUGGCGCAGAGGAAAAUCCUCCACGGAGACUUGGCCGCUAGGAACCUCCUUCUGGCCGACGAAAAUGUGGUGAAGAUCAGUGACUUCGGCCUCUCGAGAAACAUGCACGGGGACAUCUACCAGAAGAAAGGAAAUGACUUACUGCCCAUCAAGUGGCUGUCUAUAGAAGCGAUCCGAGAUUUCACCUUCAGCGUGGAGAGUGACGUCUGGGCGUACGGAGUCACCCUGUGGGAACUGUUCACCCUGGGCAGCACCCCUUACCCAGGAAUACCAGUGGAUGCCAACUUCUUCGUCAUUCUCGAAGAGGGGUACCGCAUGAGCAAACCCACGUACGCUACCAAGAAAAUACACGAGCUGAUCCUGAGAACUUGGAGCCAUGAGCCCUCAGACCGGCCGUCCUUCGGGCAGAUCUCAAAAGAACUGAGUUGUCUGCUACAGAAGAAUCUGGAGGAGCACUACAUGAAGAUGAACGAUGCGUAUAUGAAGAUGAACGAAGCAUGGUUCAAGGAGAGGGUAGACUACUUUAAUCUCUUUCGAAGUUCAGAGUUCGAGCUGCCGGAGACACAGGAAGAACUGGGUAUGAGAGAAGCUCUAGAAGGAUUAAAGGAAGAGGAAAGGGAGGAGGAUGUUGGGGUAAAGGAAGAGGAAGAAGAGGAGAAGGAGAAGCAAGAGAAAGAACAGAAAAGAGAGAAGGAAGAGGAGGAGGAAGUGGGGCUAAAGGAAGAGGAAGAAGAGGAGAAUGAGAAGCAAGAGAAAGAACAGAAAAGAGAGAAGGAACUGGAGGAGGAAGAGGAGGAGAAAAGCAAGAAGGAAAGGGAGGAUGACAGUGCACAUGCACAUCCAAACGCCAAUCUUCAGGGCUCAGACGGCAACGAGAGAGGACAGAAGAAGACUGAUAUUUCGUCAGAUUAUAUGCAAAUGGUCUAGCAAGAGGGGAGGACUGUGAGCAGGGUGUGGGAAUGUUCACUUCAAGUUCAGUGUCCUCUUUAGGUUAUAGUUGCAAAACGUGCAAUGGUGACUCUGCACUGAAGGGAACCAAGGAGGUAAUUCAAAUAUUGUAAGAUUAAUCUACGCAUUAAGGCUAUAUGAAUAUCAAAUAUAUUUGCAUACAUAUUUGUUCAUGAACACACACACACACACACGCACACACACACACACACACACACACACACACUCACACACCGACAUAUAUACACGUGUUUGUGUUUGUAGAAAACAAUGUAUAACAUAUGAUGAUAAUAAAAAUAAAUGUGAUCUUAGUAAAGAUAAUAAACAUAAAAAAAGUAAUAACAAUGAUAAUAAUAAUAAUGUUAACAAUAUUAUUAAUUUCUUUUAAAUAAAAACUUUUUUGUUU